CUGAGCACGAAGACUUGGCUGGAGAACACCCGGCCUCGAAUGUGAUCAACAGAGCAGCGCUGAGUUGUGGUGAGAGGUCGAGAGCAGAUUAAUCGAGACAUUACAACAAUGGACACGCUGACAGAAGAUGUGUCGCGGGCGGAUGUGGACUCUGAGAUGAGAGCGAUGACACCUGAAGAUGUCGCCGGACAAGACCUGGAGGCUGGAGAUGAAGUGGAGACCCUUAGAAACAGUCUACGCGAGGCCGUCCACGACGACAACGUCCGACCCAAGAUGCAAUGCCUGAUGAUGGACUCCUCCUUCUCCAUGGUUACUAUGCAGGGCGAGGACAGCGGGAUCGCGUGGGAUACGACCCCCAUCCGCUGCGCCACGCCGUGGGGGUCCGAAGCUGGAAACUCCACCGUGGAUCUCAGCCUCGCCACACCCGGGCCAGCGGGGAAGAUCAUCUUUGUCAUGGACGAGGAGCUGAUUUCAAGACGGAAGAAUACUAAAGAGAGGGUCAAUCAGAAGAGCAGAUCGGAAAGACAACGAGUAGUCCUCGGGGAAAGUUCUGAGAACGUCUCGGGAAGGCCGGAGUUGGUAGAAGUCUCGCAGCCGAAUGUGAAACCUGAGGAAGGAGACGAAGAGGAAGCGCACGAUCAUCCCCAGGAUAAAGAGCAGCGGCUCUUCAGCUUAGUCUCCGAGGGCUCUGAAAUCCUCAACAUCGUUGUUCCUCCAAAACUGGUGACUGUGGAUGAAGAGGAGAGCAAAGACAUGGUGGACAACCUUUCUUAUCUGGAGGAGAGCCUGGUUCCUAAAGCCUGGGAGGAGACUCACGAUAACGAGCUGGUGUUCACAGGAUCAGGUGCAGCGAGAGGGGAUCGGGUCGAGCCCUCGUCUUCCAUAAACGUAAUGGAUCCACCGGGCGCUCCGGUGACCAGGCCUGCGGGCAGAGGAGCUGCUGGCAACGCGGACUACUUCGAGGCGUUCGCCCUGAUUGACGCCCAGGCUCCGGGAAGUCCUGCUGUGACCUCACAGGGACAGGUAGAGCAAGAGGCGGAGGUUGUCCCCGAGAACCAGGACACAGAGAACCGUGAUCAGUCUGAAGAUGACAACACCGCCGCAACAACAACAACUGUGGAUAAUGACACAAUGAGUCUGGUGGAAAUCACUAGCGAGCUUCUGGAUGAAGUGUUCUAUGGCAGUACGGGCAGCUACGUCAUGAAACCUCUGGACAAAGACGAUGGACGUGGCGUGCCCUCCAGGUUCCCUUCAAAACCCAGCGGUUCCGCUUUGUUUGGAAGCCAAGAGGACGUCCUGACUCCGAUCUUCCUACCGGAUGGACCUCCCAAAAUUAUCGACCAAAUUUUGCUGGAGGAGCCCAAAGCCAUGGCUUUCCUUUACACCGACCUGUACGAGGAGGCAGUGGGCAGUCGGAAAAUAGAAGAGGAUGCAGAAAGUGUGACGUCCGAGAAGUCCUUCCACAGCAGGCAGUCGGACCGGGAGGCCCGGGGAUAUUUAGAGAAAUUCGUCCUCAUAGAUGAGACUCCUACGCUGGAGGUAGAGCCGUCUGACGAAGACAUAUCCCCAGAGGAAGGUCCUCGGGUGUUGGUCCAAGAUUUGUACGAUUUUAGCGAUUUGCUUUCCACGCCUGAAGAAGACGAGAUGCCGAAUUCCGAGGAGGAAAUCACAGACUUCUUCAGGUCCAGUGACAACUCUUCUCCAUUGGAUGUAGAUCCUUUCCCUCGAUCUCUCGAAGAGGAUGAACCCCAAACAACCAGAAAAACUAAAGCCAACACAAACAAAAACGUCUCCGUCAAGGUAGAAAACAAAAUCCCAGUGGACCCACUUAACGUCUCAAGCUUCGAGUUUGUCUCGGAGGAACCCGACUGGGGAAGCACAGACGAUCAUCCUGCAGCUCUGGACGAGAAAGACGUCAGGACGGAUCAGGAAUUGUGGAAGCAAGAUUCGGGAGCCCAGAGGCCAGUUGCCCCUCCCAGGAGAAAGGCCACAUCCUCUCCUAAGGCAUGUCUGGACCUCACACCUUUGACUCCGGUUGACGGUAUUAGGCCUAUGCAGGAAAAGGAAGAGAAGGAAGAGGCUGGUGGAAAGGAGCAUAGGGUGGAGGAGAAAGAGAUGGCGUCGCCAGCUGAGACGGCGUCACCAGCUGAGACGGCAUCACCAGCGGAGACGGCCGACGAGGGAGACGGAGAGGAAACAACGCAGCCCAUCUCCAACGCUGCUCUGCUUCAAAACGCCUUGGCUGCAAUGGAGUCCCCACAAACUGAAAGUGCAGAAGCUGUCAGAGACACUGAAAUGUUUGAGGAAAUGGAAACAAGUGAGAGCGAAGCGGCCACGAAACAAACUGAACCAGAAGAAGUACACGUUAAGUUACCAGAAUUGGCUAAAACAGAGGUUCAUCCAGAGAAACAAGGCGAUAGUUCAGCUGAACCGGCUAAAGACAAAGGACAGUGUGUAAUACUUUAGGUGAGCUGAAGGGUUUUCAACAGGUUUAUUGUCAAGCGACUUGCUGAUGUGUCAUUAUUUAAGGUCUUAAAAUCACAGUAGAAUUAGCCGACAAUCAACCGAGGGAAAUUCUUUGAACUUCAUAUCUUAAAAGCGCCAAAUAGUUUUUACAAUUUUCACCCAUUUGCACCUGGCUGUACUCAUACUUCAUGAAGUUAAAAAUCUAAAUCUUACUUAAAACAGUUACAUUGAUCAAAUAUC